GUAACGCGCGAUGGUGUGCGCGUAUGCGUCAUGACGUAACGCGUUAUACGGGAUGACGUAACCACCACGCGUUGACAUCACGCGUCUUCUCUCACCCAUCGGAUUUCCGCCAUUGAAUUCAAUUCUCGGGUUUAAAUCCGCGUCCAUCCGUCAUGUCUCUCCUUAACAAACCGAAGAGCGAGAUGACGCCCGAGGAGCUGUCGAAGCGCGAGGAGGAGGAGUUCAACACGGGCCCGCUCUCCGUGCUCACGCAGUCCGUCAAGAACAACACACAGGUCCUCAUCAACUGCCGCAACAACAAGAAGCUGCUGGCGCGAGUCAAGGCCUUCGACAGGCACUGCAACAUGGUGCUGGAGAACGUGAAGGAGAUGUGGACGGAGGUGCCGAAGAGCGGAAAGGGCAAGAAGAAGUCCAAGCCGGUGAACAAGGAUCGCUACAUCUCCAAGAUGUUCCUCCGCGGAGACUCGGUCAUCAUCGUGCUCAGGAACCCGCUCACGAGCAGCAAAUGAGACGGCCGAAGGGCUUCUACAGUUCCCUCUCAGGCACUGUCGGGUGUUCGCGCUGGCUGGCCGGUUGUCUGUUGUUGAUCUGUCACGGCCAGGGGUCGGCAAUGAAAGUAACAAGAAGCGCCGUUUAUUUUUUUCCCUUUCAAAAUUCGGUAAUAAAAAAAAAACUCAUUAUUUCAAGAGCCCGCAAUACGCACGUGACUACGAGACACGGGGUGGCCCUUGAUCAUUAACGUCAAGAAGCCCGCAGGUUGCCGACCCUCCCCCCCCACCCCCGGUCAUGGCUGUCGACAAUUAAGUUGGCCGGUGGGCAGCCCAAGUCAGCCGGUUCGUGAGUCACAGCGUUCAGUUGGUGGGUUUUGUCAAUAUUUUAGUGUCGGCCAUUCAGCCAGUUUUUUUACGUCGACCAGUCGGUCAAUCUGCCAGUCAAGUCAUUCAGUAUGUCCGUCGUAUUUUUUUUUGUUUUCAGCCGGUCAGUGUGUUUGUCAAGCCUGUCUCGUCAGUCAAGCGCGGUCGUCUUUUUUUUACAUUUGUUCCAACAAGCUGAUCAGAGGAGGAGACCUGGUAUGCGAUAGAUCUAUUUAAUAUACGGAAAAGUAGGGGAGCAGGAAACGGGAAUGAAAAAGCGAAAAACAUAAAAACCCAUUAUAACCGUGCGGGCUCGUGAAGAGCUUUAAUGGGGGGGAAUGUCUGUUGUGGAUAACGAUGUUUAUAUACUGGAGAGAGUGCAGCAAUGUGCGUUGUCUCCAGUUGUACUGUUUUUUUGGCCUUUAAUAAACUUUUGAUUCUUUUUUUUCAAUAA